GCUUAACCUGCCCACACCUGCACACAGUUGAAGAGUAAAGGAAGAAAAACAGUCGAGAGAAAAUGUCCAGAGAUUGAAAGUCUGCUGAUCUGAACCGGUCUGAUCCAGACUCACCUGAUUCAGGUCCAGUUCAGGACCUGACCCAGUCACCCUGAGUCCACGCGAGUCCACCUGAGUCCACCUGGAAACACCCAAGACUGAAGUUUCUUCAACUUUUACCUGAAACAGGAAGUGAAGACAGCAAGAUGGGCAGUAAGGAGCGUUACCAUUGGCAGGCUCAGAACGUGAAGGUGAGCGGCGUGGACGACAUGGUCCUUCUGUCCAAGGUCAACGAGGACGCCAUCACGGACAACCUGAAGAAGAGAUACAUGGACGAUUACAUCUUUACCUACAUCGGUCCUGUUCUCAUCUCAGUGAACCCGUUCAAACAGCUUCCGUACUUCACGGACCGGGAGGUGGAACUCUACCAGGGCGCGGCUCAGUAUGAGAACCUGCCCCACAUCUACGCUCUGGCUGACAACAUGUACAGAAAUAUGAUGAUUGACAGUGAGAACCAGUGUGUCAUCAUCAGUGGUGAAAGCGGAGCUGGAAAAACUGUUGCAGCUAAAUUCAUCAUGAGUUACGUGUCCAAAGUGUCGGGAGGAGGAGACAAAGUACAGCAUGUUAAAGACAUCAUCCUACAGUCCAACCCCCUGCUAGAGGCGUUUGGUAAUGCAAAGACAGUUCGCAACAACAACUCUAGCAGAUUUGGUAAAUACUUUGAGAUCCAGUUCAGUCGGGGCGGAGCUCCUGACGGAGGCAAGAUUUCCAACUUCCUGUUGGAGAAAAGUCGAGUUGUUUCCCAGAAUUCUGGCGAGAGAAACUUCCACAUCUACUACCAGCUGCUGGAGGGGGCGACAGCGGAGCAAAGAGAGAACCUCGGGGUCACGACCCCUGACUACUACAGCUACCUCAACCAAUCAGGAACAUUUACGGUGGAGGACAUCGACGAUAAGAAGGAGUUCACUGACACCAUGGCGGCCAUGUCUGUGGUGGGUCUGACUGUUGAGGACCAGGACUCAGUUCUUCAGAUCAUUGCAGGAAUUCUUCAUCUGGGAAACAUUAACUUCAGAGAAGAGAACAACUACGCUGUGGUGGAGAGCCAGGACUUCCUGGCGUUCCCGGCGUUCCUGCUGGGAAUCCCUCAGGAUGGCGUGUGCAGUAAGCUGACGAGCAGAGUGAUGGACAGUAAGUGGGGCGGGAAGAGCGAGUCUAUCUCUGUGACUCUGAACACGGAGCAGGCGUCCUUCACCAGAGACGCCCUGUCCAAAGCUCUGUACGCUCGACUCUUUGACUUCCUGGUUCACAGCAUUAAUAAAGCCAUGCAGAAAGAUCAGGAAGAAUUUAACAUCGGAGUGUUGGACAUCUAUGGCUUUGAGAUCUUCCAGAAAAAUGGUUUUGAACAAUUCUGCAUCAACUUUGUGAACGAGAAGCUGCAACAGAUUUUUAUUGAACUCACACUGAAGGCAGAACAGGACGAGUAUGUCCAGGAGGGAAUCAAAUGGACACCGAUCGAGUAUUUCAACAAUAAAGUGGUUUGUGACCUCAUCGAGUCCAAACUGAAUCCUGUUGGGAUCAUGAGUAUCCUGGACGACGUCUGUGCUACGAUGCACGCUAAAGGAGAAGGAGCCGAUCAGACUCUGCUGCAGAAGCUGCAGGGACAGAUGGACGGACACGAGCAUUUCAGCAGCUGGAACAGAGGCUUCGUCGUCCAUCACUAUGCCGGCAAGGUUUCCUAUGACGUCAGUGGCUUCUGUGAGAGAAACAGAGACGUUUUGUUUAAUGACAUCAUCGAACUGAUGCAGAGCAGUGAGUUUCCGUUCAUCAGAGCUUUAUUUCCUGAAAACCUGGAGGCGGAGAAGAGAGGGCGUCCGAGCACAGCCAGCAGCAAGAUCAAGAAACAAGCCAACACUCUGGUGCAGACGCUGAUGAAGUGCACGCCUCACUACAUCCGCUGCAUCAAACCCAACGAGACCAAGCGUCCUCGGGACUGGGAGGAGAACCGUGUCCGCCACCAGGUGGAGUACCUGGGUUUGCGGGAGAACAUUCGCGUCCGCCGGGCUGGAUACGCCUACAGACGAGUCUUCAACAAGUUCCUGCAGAGGUACGCCAUCCUGACCAAGGAGACGUGGCCUCACUGGAGAGGAGACCAGCGUCAGGGAGUCCUGCACCUUCUAAAAUCUGUCCACAUGGACCAGGACCAGUUCCAGCUGGGGAAGUCCAAAAUCUUCAUCAAAGCCCCAGAAUCUCUCUUCUUACUGGAAGAGAUGAGGGAGAGGAAGUACAACGGUUACGCUCGGGUCAUCCAGAAAGCGUGGCGUAAACACAUCGCUGUCCGCAAGUACGUCAAGAUGAGAGAGGAAGCGUCGGACGUCCUCCUGAACAAGAAGGAACGACGCAGAAACAGCAUCAAUCGCAACUUUGUGGGAGACUACAUCGGGACGGACAACCACCCGGAGAUCCGACAGUUUGUCGGCCGGCGGGAGAGGAUAGACUUCGCUGACGUGGUUCUGAAAUAUGACCGGAAAUUCAGGAGCGUCAAACGAGACCUCAUCCUGAGCCCGAAGUUCCUAUACCUGAUCGGUCGAGAGAAGGUGAAACAGGGUCCAGAUAAAGGCCAGAUCCAGGAAGUUCUCAAGAGGAAGAUUGAGCUCAACAAUAUUCAGUCUGUCUCCCUCAGCACUUUGCAGGACGACUUCUUCAUCGUCCAUGAGGAGGAGUAUGACAGCGUCCUUCAGAGCAUCUUUAAGACCGAGUUCCUCAGUCUUCUCGUCAAACGUUAUCAGGAGAAAACGGAGAAGAAGCUGCCGCUCAAAUUCAACAACCUUCUGGAAUAUAAGGUGAAGAAGGGCGGGUGGGGUCCAUUCAGCUCUGCAGGAUCCAGACAGAUCCAGUUCCAGGUGGGUCAGGGGGACGAUGCGGUCCUGAAGCCAAGUGGGAAGGUUCUGCAGGUCUCCAUCGGACCGGGUCUGCCCAAGAACUCACGUCCAACGAGGAAGGACAACAGGAAGAGUCGCUACAUGGGCGGCCAGGCUCCGCCCACCAGCCAGUAUAGCUCAGGUUCUCGCCAUAGGGUGGGUGGAGCUCCCAGAGGUGGCCCCUCCUCCAGAAGCUCCCUGUUGAGGCAACAGUCCAGCAUGGAGCAGCCAAGUCUGCCCCGCCUCCAGAGCCAGCGUCGCCAUGACGACCACACCCACAAACACUAUGACAUGGGCUUCAUGGACGUUCCUGAGCAGGGAGCUGCAGGGCUGCAGCGGCGGCGAUCGAAGGAGGUGAAGCCCCUCCCAGGAGCAGGUCGACCUAAACCCGCCCCCAAACCAAAGCCUCGCUCUCCUCAGUGCAAAGCUCUUUAUGCUUAUGACGCCCAGGACACUGAUGAGCUGAGCUUUAACGCUGAUGAUGUCAUCGACAUACUCACUGAAGAUCCGUCGGGCUGGUGGUUUGGACGUCUCCGUGGCAGAGAGGGAAUGUUUCCUGGGAACUACGUGGAGAAGCUGUAGACCUGACCCGACCUCUGGGGUCAGAGGUCAGCCGAUCCUGGACUGUGAUCCAAGUCCAGUUACUUUUAAUGUCCCCAUGUGACUUGAGAUAACAUCAGUGUUACCAUGGAAACAGCCAUUUCCCCCACAGGCUGCAGUAGGUAUUAUAGACGGACACAGACACAGACUCAAACACAGACACACAGACAGACACAGACAGAAAGAGACACAGACAGACAUGGAGACAGUUGAUUGUCGUUGAUGAAAACUACUGAACGUCAUCAGUGAAAAUAAAAAAAUAAACUGUUUUUAUUUACAUCAAA